CACCAAAGAGAUCGACGAGGAUGCGAAAGGGUGCAAGCGCGAUAUGGAAGACAAAAAACACAAGACGAAACAUGGUGUCGAACAUUGUCACAAGGAGCCACACAGUUCAGAGGAAAUUGAAUCACAUGAAAAACACGACCCCGACUCGCCAAAUGGAUCGCAUGAACAUAAUCAUCCCAAGCAUGAGCAUAAGAAACAUCGUGAAUGUCUUGAGCGCGAAUCUAAAUCUGAUUGCAAGGAUGUGAAGGACAAACACGACCAGAAAUCCAAGAAAAUGGAAAAGGGUGGCGAAAAUGAACAGAAGGUCAAACAAUGUCAUACCGUCACUGUUGAAUCCGCAAGAGUUGAGAUCGAAAAACAAGUGGUCGAAUUCAAAAAAUGCUGUGGAGUCAUUGUUUAACGAAUGAAGCGUUUAUUUUUCUUUAAAAUAUUUUUUUUUGUUUCAAUAAUUCAUAUUUUCCAAAGUUUAUCAUAUCAAGGCACAGAUUUGAA